AAGGGGACGGACAGUGACUGCGGCGGCCCGAGACUAGGGCGCAGGCGCCGUCUGAGAGCAGGGGCGGCACCUCGGAGCCGGAGACCCCGCGGCGGCCGGUUCCCGGAACCCUGGUCCCGCGUCCCCGCGCGGGGCGCCGUCAGAAGGUGCCGGGAGGACGAUGGAUGCGGGGCCGCGCCUGGCGGGGAGCGGCUGCGGCGGCCCCGCGGGGCUGUCCCGCGAGUACAAGCUGGUGAUGCUGGGCGCCGGCGGGGUCGGCAAAAGCGCCAUGACCAUGCAGUUCAUCAGCCACCGGUUCCCUGAGGAUCACGACCCCACCAUCGAAGAUGCUUAUAAAAUCCGGAUUCGUAUUGAUGAUGAGCCUGCCAAUCUGGACAUCUUGGAUACAGCUGGACAGGCAGAGUUUACAGCCAUGCGGGAUCAGUACAUGAGGGCAGGAGAAGGGUUCAUCAUCUGCUAUUCUAUCACUGAUCGUCGAAGCUUUCAUGAAGUCCGAGAAUUCAAACAACUUAUUUAUCGAGUUCGACGUACUGAUGACACACCAGUGGUUCUUGUGGGCAACAAGUCUGACCUAAAGCAGCUAAGACAGGUCACCAAGGAGGAAGGACUCGCUCUGGCCCGAGAAUUCAGCUGCCCUUUCUUUGAGACCUCUGCCGCCUACCGCUACUACAUUGAUGAUGUGUUCCACGCCCUUGUGCGGGAGAUACGUAGGAAAGAGAAGGAGGCAUUGCUGGCCAUGGAGAAAAAAUCAAAACCUAAGAACAGUGUGUGGAAGAGACUGAAAUCACCAUUCCGGAAGAAGAAGGACUCUGUGACUUGAAGGGACGCUGUACAGCAUGUGCCCUUGAACUGCAGUGCUCAGCCAGAGCAGUCCAGUAACCUGCCCUAUUGAGCAUGGGAUGCAUCCUUCCUCUCGUUAAUGACUGUUAUUUUCAAAGUAACUGAUGAAGGGGACUUGCCUGCUAGGACUUUUCAAUGACAUUGUAUUUAAAAUAUUGUCUCUUAGCAAAUGCUGAUUUAUUAACCUGGUGAAGCACUGCCAACUUUUCCAUUAUCAUAUUAGAAUCUGAUCUACCAAUGUUCUGGUUCUGUUGCUGAUAUUAACCAAUGAGUGUAUAUUGCUUAUAUCCAGAGGAGAUGUGUACUCCACUUGUGACUCAGUUCAGAGGAAGUGUUUUUGCAUUGCCCUUGUCCACAGUGUCUUUCCACUUCAACUUCCUAGGACUGUCCCUGAGCAGGACCUUAGUCUCUGUUGUUCACGUUGUGCUUCCUGAAAGACAGUACGGAAUCCACACAGGGAGAUUAGUGCUAAGACUUCAGCAAAGAGCUGUGAAACUGAGUAAACUUCUUUUUUUUACCUCCAGGGUUAUUGCUGGGGCUUGGUACCUGUACUGUGAAUCCUGGAGACCUUUUUUUUUUAUUGGAUAGGACAGAGAGAAAAUGAAAGAGAGGACAGAAAAAGGUAAACACCUGUAGACCAACUUCACUGAUUGUGAAGCUACCCCCCCCCAUAGGUGGGGAACCAGGGGCUUGAACCAGGAUCCUUGAAGGGGUCCUUGUGCUUCACACUAUGUGCACUUAACCUGGUGCACCACUGCCUGGCCCCCUGAGUAAACUGCUCCUAUAGAUCACGCACUGAUGAAAUUUGGGGAAAUCAGGCCUUAUGUUUGCAGGAACUUACUAGAAAAAGAUAGGAUCAAAAAUAAAAAAAGAAAGAAAAAGGGUCAGAGCAGUGUUCUCAAUGUCAUUGUGGCUUUUUAAAGAAUGAUACACUGACCCAAAAGCACUGGGAGGUGUGAAAACUGUAAUGACUGCUUCUCCAAGGUGAUUUUACUCUUCAUGUUGGGGCUUUGCCAUCCUUUCUCUUCAGAGAACAGCGCCUUGGGAAUCACUGCUGGGUUGCUGAGCUCAGGUGUGAUCUCAGCCCUUGGCAGAGACCACCAUUGCCUUCUGCAGUUCAUUUUCUCUCUGAAGAUACAUAAAUUUGCCAUACAUUUACAUUAAUUGUUGCCAGGUGCUUUCCCUUGACUUCCCUGUGCUCUUUAGAAGAGCUCAGUCUAGCACUUAAAAAAAAAAAAAAUUAGACCCCUUCUGAAACUGUAUUUUCAAUAUGAAAGAGCUACUAGCAGCUUGAAUAGAAUUUUUUUUCCCUACCAGACUUAUAACUAGGGGGUUGGUGCUUAUAGGAAGAUUGCAGCACUCCAGCUGGUCAUAUCUUUUAUUUUUUUUUUGUUGUUGUUCUUUUAAAAUUUUUUAAUUAUAUUAAUGAAAAAGAUGUGGAGAGAGAGAGAGAGAAUAAACCAGACAUCACUCUGGUACAUGUGCUGCUGGGGAUUGAACUCAGGACCUCAUGCUUGAGAGUCCAGUGCUUUAUCCAUUGUGCUAUCUCCCAGACCACUAUCUCUCUUUUAUGUAGAGACAGACAUAGGGAGAGAGAAAGAGACACCUGGAGCAAUGCUUGUGAAGCUUGCACCCUGCAGGUGGUGACCAGAGGCUUGAAUCCAGAGCCUUAUUCAUGGUAACGUGCACUCAAGUAGGUGUGCCACUGCCCGGUCCCACUUGAGUAGAAUUUGGUAAGCACCUCGUUGACACCGACAGUAGUCUCAGUGUAUUGAGAAAGCCUGAGCGGUUUCUAGGAGCCAAUAUUGAAGCUCUCAGAUUCCCGUGUGCUGAGCUUCUGGGUAUUGCCUUACAUUGAGCUUCCCUCAGUUUGUGCCUGAGAGAUGCCACCUUGAUGCCAGUGCAGCUCUAAAUGUAGGUGGUGAUUCUGUUUUAGAGCCAAGAUUAUUUUGCUACCUGAACUUGUUCCAUGUGGAAAUUAAAUGUAAAACUUAUGCUAAAAAUAAUGUAGCAUAUAUUGAACAUUAAAUGCCACUGAACUAGU